AAUAAAAUAAUCCCAAUGAUACCCUUUCUUUCCUCUCAUAAAAAUCAAUUUUCUUACAACUCUCUCUCCCAUAUCUCGCGUUACUCCAAAGCUUCCUUCACACACGACGACGCUUUCAUCGCCAAAGAUCCUGUAACCGUUCGUUCAUUCACUGCGAUCCGUUUCGAUUCAUUGGAGGAUCAAGUAAGGGAAGGAGAAAUGGGGCUGACAUUCACGAAGCUGUUCAGUCGGUUAUUUGCGAAGAAGGAAAUGAGGAUUUUGAUGGUUGGUCUCGAUGCGGCUGGUAAGACCACUAUUCUCUACAAGCUCAAGCUGGGAGAGAUCGUCACUACUAUUCCUACCAUUGGGUUCAAUGUGGAGACCGUGGAGUACAAGAACAUUAGUUUCACUGUUUGGGAUGUCGGGGGUCAGGACAAGAUCCGUCCCUUGUGGAGGCAUUACUUCCAGAACACUCAGGGUCUUAUCUUUGUUGUUGACAGCAAUGACAGGGAUAGAGUUGUUGAGGCCAGAGAUGAAUUACAUAGAAUGUUGAAUGAGGAUGAACUGAGAGAUGCAGUAUUGCUUGUCUUUGCUAACAAACAAGAUCUUCCAAAUGCAAUGAAUGCUGCCGAAAUUACUGACAAGUUGGGUCUCCACUCUUUGAGACAGCGCCACUGGUACAUCCAGAGCACUUGUGCAACCUCUGGGGAGGGUCUUUAUGAAGGUUUGGACUGGCUUUCCAACAAUAUAGCCAAUAAGGCUUAAUUCUUAUCGGGAGUGUUGUGGAUUGGUGGUUCUGGAUGCAGGGGUGAAUAUUAUCUAGCUUUCCUUUUUGAGUCUUGUGGAGCAGUAAUUCUGGAUGCAGAGGAAAAUAUUAUCUAGCUUUUAUUAUUUGGUCAUUUUUCAGAACAACUUGAAUUUGUGUUUUAUGUAUUGUGGUUUAGGAUAUCUUGGUGCCUAAAAUUGUAGUAGGAAUUUGUUUCAUGGGUUUUGUAAUACUUUUGAGCUUUCGAUAUGCAAUGUCCAUACCUGUAAUGGAAAUACAACUAAAUGUGAUUCAUGUUCUGAUUUAUAGAUUUAUUUUGGUCA